AUUAUGUUUCCCACUAAUGUAAAGUCCUCCCCCUCCAUUUUGAGCUCCUUCCUUCUUCCUCAUCCUUCGCAGAUCUACCAUUCCCCAUUAUUAUACCCAACAUGAGAGACUGCAUUGCCCUUUCUUCUUUCUUUGUUUUACUUCUUUUUCUGCUUCAUGGAGCCAAAUGUGAAGACCCCUAUAGGUUCUUCACCUGGAAAGUCACCUAUGGUGAUAUUUACCCUCUUGGCGUUAAGCAACAGGGGAUCUUGAUCAAUGGCCAAUUUCCCGGGCCUCAUAUUGAUGCUGUUACUAAUGAUAACUUGGUUAUUAGCGUGUUCAACUACCUUAGAGAGCCACUUCUCAUUUCUUGGAAUGGGUUACAGCACAGGAGGAACUCGUGGCAAGAUGGAGUGUUUGGAACAAACUGCCCUAUCUUGCCUGGGCGGAACUUCACAUACAAUCUGCAGGUUAAAGACCAGAUUGGAAGCUAUUUCUACUUCCCAUCUCUUGGAAUGCAGAAAGCUGCAGGUGCAUUUGGCUCUAUCAGAAUCUGGAGCCGUCCUAAAAUACCUGUCCCUUUCCCUUCUCCUGCUGGUGACUUCCCUGUUCUUGCUGGAGACUGGUUCAAGACAGAUUACCGUAGACUAAGAAGACUCCUUGAGAAUGGCCAUAAUCUUCCAUUCCCUGAUGGACUUCUCAUUAAUGGACGUGGCUGGAAUGGUUACACUUUCACAGUUGAUCAAGGUAAGACAUAUAGAUUCAGGAUAUCAAAUGUGGGGCUUACAACAUCCAUAAACUUCAGGAUACAGGGUCACACGAUGAAACUUGUAGAGGUAGAAGGGUCACAUACACUUCAAAAUGUAUACUCUUCUCUUGACGUCCAUCUUGGUCAAAGCUACUCUGUGCUGGUCACUGCUAAUCAGCCCCCUCAGGAUUACUAUGUCGUGGUCUCUACAAGAUUCACCAGAAGGGUACUUACAACAACAGCCGUUCUUCAUUACAGCAAUUCUUUUAAGGGGGUUUCUGGUCCUGUUCCUGUAGGACCUACCCUGGAUGUUGUUUCAUCUGUCAGGCAGGCCAGAUCCAUCCGAUGGAAUCUGACAGCAAGUGGACCAAGACCAAACCCUCAGGGCUCCUACCACUAUGGAAUGAUCAAGCCUUCUAGAACCAUUGUGCUUGCAAACUCUGCUCCUAUUAUCAAUGGGAAGCAGAGGUAUGCUGUUAAUAGUGUCUCAUUUCAACAACCAGAUACUCCAUUAAAGCUUGCUGAUUACUUCAAUAUCCCUGGAGUUUUCUAUGUCGGAAGCAUUCCUAGCUACCCCACUGGAGGAAAUGGCUACCUCCAAACAUCGGUCAUGGGUGCUAAUUUCAGAGAAUUUGUGGAGAUUGUGUUCCAAAAUUGGGAAAACACUCUUCAGUCAUGGCAUAUUGAUGGUUAUUCCUUCUGGGUUGUUGGGUUUGGUAGUGGCCAGUGGACAGCUGCAAGUAGAAAUAGCUACAAUCUGAGAGACACUGUUGCUAGAUGCACCACUCAGGUAUACCCAAGGUCAUGGACAGCGAUCUACAUGCCUCUGGACAACGUGGGAAUGUGGAACAUAAGGUCUGAGAACUGGGCGAGGCAGUACUUGGGGCAGCAAUUCUAUCUUAGGGUAUAUACACCUUCCAAGUCUUAUAGAGACGAAUAUCCAGUCCCAAAGAAUGCUCUUCUUUGUGGCAGGGCAAGGGGUCGUCACACAAGGCCUUUCUGACGAGGACAAGACAAGUCAAACAUCUGAUGUUGAGUUGAGAAUUUGAUUGCCUGUAUUCGAAGAGUUUACUUAAAUGUUGUCUUGUUAAUUUAUGUAAGUAGAAUCGUACAUUCUUGAUUGUCACGAGAGGGUGACAUAAUGUCAUUGAUUUGGAUUUGUUUAUGUUAACAUGCGGGAAAUUUAAAUUCUAGAGCUCAUCUUCAGCUCUGGAUUUUGAUCAAA